AUGUGGCUUUAUAAUUUUUUGCCAGGUUUUGACAUCAAGGAGGUAUUACUGUUUAGUUUUAUUUUCCUCCUAAUAGCAGACUUCCUCAAAAACAGGAAUCCUCCAAAUUAUCCUCCAGGACCGCGGGCUCUUCCCCUUGUGGGGAGUAUCUUCAGUGCGGACUUUAAACAGCCACAGAUCUAUUUUGCCAAGCUGGCUGACAUCUAUGGGAAUGUGUUCAGCAUCCGCUUUGGUGGUGAAAAGAUGGUGCUUGUGUCUGGGUACAAGAUGGUGAAGGAAGCCAUAGUAACACAAGCCGAGAACUUUGUGGAUCGACCAUACAAUGCAAUCAUCGACAGGCUUUACUCAGGAAACUCAGGUGGUCUUUUUAUGAGCAAUGGUGAAAUAUGGAAGAGACAGCGACGCUUUGCCUUGUCUACUUUACGUAACUUUGGCCUGGGCAAAAGCACCUUGGAGCAGAGUAUCUGUGAGGAGGUCCGACACCUGCAGGAGGAGAUAGAGAAGGAGAGAGGUAAACCUUUCAAACCAGCAGGUCUCUUCAACAACGCCGUGGGCAACAUCAUUUGCCAGUUGGUGAUGGGGAAACGGUUUGAAUACAGCGACCACAACUUCCAGAUCAUGCUGAAGUAUCUGUCUGAACUUUUGUGGCUGGAGGGCUCAGUCUGGAGUAUGAUGUAUCAGUCAUUCCCUGGAGUGAUGAAGCACUUGCCAGGUCCUCACAACAAAAUCUUCAGCCACUUCAACACCCUCCUAGACUUCAUCAGUCAGGAGGUAAAAUGGCACAAGAAGGACCUGGACCACAACAAUCCCCGGGACUACAUAGAUGCUUUCUUAACUGAAAUGGAGAAUCACAAAGGAUCUGAGCUGGGCUUCACUGAGACCAAUCUGGCGAUGUGCUCUCUGGAUCUGUUCCAGGCUGGAACGGAGACAACCUCCACCACUUUGUUGUGGGCUUUGGUUUUCCUCAUCAAAAAUCCAGAUAUCCAGGACAAAGUCCAGGCAGAGAUAGACAGAGUGAUCGGACAGACCCGCCAGCCCACUAUGGCAGACAGACCCAACCUGCCCUACACUGAUGCUGUUAUCCACGAGAUCCAGAGGAUUGGAAACAUUGUUCCUCUCAAUGGAUUCAGAAUGGCCGCCAAGGACACGACACUGGGUGGUUACUUUAUACCCAAGGGUACGUCCUUGGUGCCCAUUCUGACCUCUGUGCUGUUCGACAAGACUGAAUGGGAAACUCCAGACACCUUCAACCCUGGACACUUCCUAGAUGCUGAAGGAAGGUUUGUGAAGAGAGAGGCUCUCCUGGCUUUCUCUGCAGGGAAACGUGUGUGUCUUGGACAAGGCCUCGCCAAGAUGGAGCUUUUCCUGUUUUUGGUGGGUUUACUGCAGAAAUUCUCUUUCUUUGUUCCUGAUGGAGUUGAGUUGAGUACAGAAGGAAUAACUGGAGGCACACGUGUACCAUACCCCUUCAAGGUGUGCGCCAAGGCUCGCUGACUUAAGCAACAAAUAUAUAUAUAUAUAUAACACAUGUAACAGACAAGACUAAGCAAAACACUAAGCUGUAUAAUUACAUUGUCAACCUUAUCCUCUCUGCCUGUACAUUUAAU